UCAAACCAGAACUCAAGAAGAAGAAGAAACACGGAAAUAAGAUGUUAUCGCAACCCCAACUAUAGUAAAAAGGCCUUCCUCCUUACGAAUCAACAAUAUCACUAUCCGGGUUUAUUCUUUUAGUGACACGAGGACAAUCUCAGAGAUUUUUAUUUGAUCUGAAAAUUGUUUUUUCACUUGCUCCUUGUGUGCUGUUGUUUGUGCUUCAGCAUGGCGGUGGUCAUCCGUUUACUGGGACUCAGAAUCACUGCGGGUUCUGAGGAUAUACGCAAAUUCUUCAGUGGCCUCAAAAUCCCUGAUGGUGGGGUGCAUAUUAUUGGUGGGGAGCGUGAUGAGGCUUUUAUAAUAUUUGCUUCUGAUGAAGAUGCAAGGAGAGCAAUGACUCGUUCAGGGGGUUGUAUAAAAGGCACUCCGGUUAACUUACUAUUGAGCAGCAAGUCAGAAAUGCAGAACAUUCUAGAGGCAAGUACAAAAAAAACUGACCUUAACCAACAACGACCACACAAGGAGGAAUUUAGAAGACGUGAAAGUGAGGCUACUGACCCCUCCUUCAGUGAGAAACUAUCCAUGGAGAAGCAAAGAGCUAUUCCUGAGAUGGGGAAUCGAUUUGUCCAGGAUCCUCAUGGUGAGGCACACAUUCAGAACCGCAAGUCAGAAUCUAACAGUGUGGGUGACUUGUUCUUGUUUUUGAAAGGAAUGCCUUUUUCUGUCACUGAAGACGAAGUGAGACACUUUUUCCAGGGGUUGAUCAUUGAUGCCAUGAUCCUGAUGAAGAACCACCGUGGGCAAAAUAAUGGUAAAGGAAUUGUGAAGUUUAGAACAAGACAAGAUGCAAGAGAAGGUAUGAAGAGGGACAGGGAAUAUAUUGGCUCAAGGUUUGUUGAACUUUAUCCAACUACAGAGGAAGAAUGGAUCAAUGCAAAUGGUGCAAUGGCAGCAAAUGCAGAUGAAUUUACCCACAAAUAUCGAAAAGGGUCCCCCCCCCCAUAUCGGCAGAGAUAUCCUCAAGAACGUGCAAGGUCACGCUCUCCUGUGGGCUACUCAUUGAAGUCUGCUCCUCUUGCCGAUGAGGAGUUCUGUGUCUUGUUGGAAAACCUCUCCUAUUCAGUCCAGAAGAGGGAUGUCAAGGAACUCUUCAGGAAUGCAGGCCUUCAGGACGAUCAGAUUUUAUAUCUGCUUGACAGCGAAGGAAAACGGACAAGGUCGCUGUUUGUGUUGUUCAGAAGUCUGAAAGACUAUUGUGAUGCCCUUACCCAUCAUAAGAAAGAGUUCCUUAAUCGAUGUCUUUAUAUCUCCCCAAUCUCAAAAGAAAAAAUGGUUUCCAUUUUGGAAACUAAUAAACACAUGGCAGAUGAGCUUCCUGAAAGGCAUAGUAGGUCUCAGGAAAGGCUGUCUCUGUCUCACAUUGACCCAUACAAUUCUGAUAAGGUUUGCCUCUAUGUGCGAAAUCUGCCUUUUGAUGUCCGCAAAGUUGAGAUUAUGGACUUCUUCCUUGGCUUUAGUAUCUCUGAGGACUCUGUGAUCUUGUUGCGUGAUAACAGGGGUGCUGGGCUUGGAGAGGCUUUGGUGAUAUUUCAGACCAAGGUAGAGGCUAUGACUGCGCAGUCUUUAAAUGGGCAAAGAUUUCUUGGUUCAGAAUUGAUGCUGAAAUGCAUCUCAAGGUCUCAGAUGCGUGAGUUCGGUGUUGCUGACCCUGCAAUGGACGUUCCCACUGUAAGGGAGAGAAGCUCUGAGAGGUUGUCAACCAGAAACAGAGACUCACUUCUUCAUUCUCAUGACAUGGAGUACUCUGAUUUCAUGACACCCGAUGGCCACAUUCCACUGACAGACCUGCAGGUUCACAUCCGUGGGGACAGUAGUCUUGACUCCAACUGUGCAAGUCCUUACGGUCAACAGGAUGGUGGCAAUGGAUCUUCCCAUGGUGGUUUUGGACCCCCCCCCCAGCAUUAUGAUGGCCCCACCUGUUUGAAGCUGGUUAAUCUACCGUUGCAAAUCACCAUCGAUGAAAUAUAUGACUUUUGUUAUGGAUAUCGUGUAAUUCCAGGGUCUAUUUCUUUGCAGUAUAACAGAAAUGGUAUUCCUAAAGGCUCUGCAACAGUUGUCUUUGAGUCACGCCAGGAGGCAUUGACUGCGGUUGAGGAAUUGAGUGGAAGACCUAUAGGCAUGCGAAAAAUACAACUUGUUUUUGUUUAAACACCUUUAUCAGACCCUCUGUGGUCAGGAUUUGUUGGAGACAUUCUAAAGAGGUCAAAGUAGUCCUAUAUUUUUUGUUAUUGGCGUGGAUGGACAAAGUGGUUUUGUGAGACCACUUGAAAUGAAUUUGUGAGAUUCAUUGACUUUUGUUAGUAUUAUCCUUUAGUAAAUAAUGAAUAUGUUGUGAUGAAAUAUUGUAUUGAUUUUUUACUAUUUAGCUUAUGCAUUAAAGUACCCUAGUCUGUGCAGUCUUUGUUCAGAAUUCUUUUGUGAAAUUUGAAUAGCAUAUGGUACAAAAAACUAAGGUGCUACUUUUUAUUUUACAUAAUUUAAUAACCUUCCUGUGCAUUACUCAUUUGAUUAAAAUGCUCAUCAUUCAA